AUGUGGACUACUGUGGAGCGCGGAUUCUUGGGGGUGUUGUGCUUGUCCCUCCUGGUGGCGGUGGUCUGCGGGGCGCAGAGCGCCAAUGAACCCAGCAACAUGUCCUACGUGAAAGCCACCGUGGACAAGCUGCUGAAGGGCUACGACAUCCGGCUGCGGCCUGAUUUCGGAGGCGCCCCCGUGGACGUUGGCAUGAGCAUAGACAUCGCCAGUAUUGACAUGGUGUCUGAAGUCAACAUGGACUACACCAUCACCAUGUACUUCCAGCAGUCCUGGAGAGACAAGCGUCUGUCCUACACAGGCAUUCCGCUCAACCUCACCCUGGACAACCGAGUGGCAGACCAGCUGUGGGUCCCUGACACCUACUUCAUCAAUGACAAGAAGUCCUUCGUCCACGGGGUGACCGUGAAGAACCGGAUGAUCAGACUGCACCCUGAUGGAACUGUGCUCUAUGGACUGAGGAUCACCACGACAGCUGCCUGCAUGAUGGACCUGCGCAGAUACCCUCUGGAUGAGCAGAACUGUACCCUGGAGAUAGAGAGCUAUGGAUACACCACUGACGACAUCGAGUUCUACUGGCAGGGAGGAAGCAACGGAGGCUCUGUCACUGGGGUGGAGAACAUCGAACUGCCCCAGUUCUCCAUCAUAGACUACCAAACCCUGUCCAAGAAAGCUGUGUUUGCUACAGGCUCAUAUCCACGCCUGUCACUGAGCUUUAAGCUGAAGAGGAACAUUGGCUAUUUCAUCCUGCAAACCUACAUGCCCUCCACCCUGAUCACCAUCCUGUCCUGGGUGUCCUUCUGGAUCAACUAUGACGCUUCGGCUGCUAGAGUCGCCUUAGGUAUAACCACGGUGCUGACCAUGACCACUAUCAAUACCCACCUAAGGGAGACACUGCCCAAGAUCCCCUACGUCAAGGCCAUUGACAUUUACCUCAUGGGUUGCUUUGUCUUUGUCUUUCUGGCCCUGCUGGAGUACGCCUUUGUCAACUACAUCUUCUUUGGCCGUGGUCCUCACCUGCAGAAGAGGGUUGCAGAAAAGGCUGCCAAGUCCAACAAUGAGAAUAAGAGCAGACUGGAGAGCAACAAAGUGCAGGUUGAUGCUCAUGGCAACAUCCUCCUGACCAACCUAACCAGUGAGAUGGGUGGGGCAGAUAUGAUGGGCGCUCUCAACGACCCUCGGGCUACCAUGUUCUCGUACGACAGUGCCAGCAUACAGUACCGCAAGCCCAUGGCCAGCCGAGACCUGUACGGACGUCCGGCCCUCGACCGGCCAAUAGGCCAUAAGAAGGGCCGCUUGAGGAGACGGGCCUCGCAGCUCAAAGUCAAGAUCCCCGACCUCACAGAUGUCAACGCCAUAGACAAAUGGUCCCGUGUCGUCUUCCCAAUCGCAUUCACCUUCUUCAACCUGGUCUACUGGCUUUACUAUGUCCACUAGGGCGGCAGCAGUGAGCCUGUGUAGCAGCACCACUGCUAGUGAUUUGAAAAGCUACCUAGGUCUUGUACAGCCAUUUAUAUAAAUUCUG